AUGAAGCUACAUAUUAAGAAAACUUUCAACAAUGUCAUCGAUGAGUUUGACCCGACAUCUUUCAUUUAUGUCACAGGCACUGCUAUGGCCUCAUCUUUAUUGCAUACAUUCCCUUUUCCUGCAUACUGGUUGAGGGUUUGUUCAUAUAUAAUGUUUGCACUUGGUGUGCUGAUAUUUUUUUACUUUCAUAUCAUUGGGACGUUGCAGUUGUUAAAAUACAUACGAACCAGAAAUAUAAAAGGUUUUUUUAACAAACAGUUUAUGAACUUUGAUACCAAUGUAUUUUGGGGUAUUUAUAUCAUUGCUUUUACGGGACUGAUUAAUUAUUUAAUACAAUUAAGUGAAAAUGAACUUCUACAUUUAAAAAGUGGUAAAGGUAUGAUCAUCUUUAUUUAUGUACUAUGGUGGCUUGAUUUAUCUGCAGCUCUGUUCGUUACUUGGGGGAUUACAUUUAUUAAUUGGAGAAUUGCUUGCAAUCCUAGUGGACUUGGUAAACAUGCUAAUUGCAAACAAAAAAUUCUAUCUGACAAUUUCAAGAGUUCGUUGUUUCUGUCUGUGAUACCUAUUGUUGUGGUAGCUGCAUCUGGCGGACUGCUUGCUGGUUCGAAAUUAUUUUUGGAAACUGUGAAUAGGAAUAAUCAACUUCUGAUAAUCGUGAUAACAUUAUUGUUAUGGACACAUGUCUUUACAUUUGUUAUAGUGGUUCUAGCUUUGUUUUAUUUGAAUUUGUACAUUAACAAACUACCCCCAGCAAACGCAGUUUUUUCAUUGUUUAUUGUCUUGGGUCCAUUGGGUAUGGGAGGUUUUGGAAUAUUAUUAAUUACUAAGAAUAUUCAAACAUAUGUAAAUAUUCAUUAUCCCUUAUCUGCUCAGUCUCAAGUGACGCUAACACUAGAAGAUGUCACAAAAAUUGCGGUCCCGUGGGCAUUCAGAAUAGUUGGACUAGUUUUUUCGUUACUAGAAUUGACCACAGGCUUUUUUUUCACUAUAAUAUCUGUAUUAUCUGUUCUAUCAUAUAUUAGAAUUUCAAAUAAAGCAAAUCGAAGUACAAUCGUUCCCUUGUAUCAGUACCAUAAAGGUUGGUGGACUCUAGCUUUCCCUUGUGGGUCUAUGGCACUGGGUGUUAAAGAAAUAUACGAACAAUAUAAUCCAUAUACACCAAUCGAUGCCAUUAGGAUCAUUUCGGUGAUAUACUAUGGUAGCAGUAUCGUAUGGUGUAUAGUUUGUUUAUUGGGGUCAUUACGGUACCAAAUCCUUCCAUUCGUUUUUCAAAUAUUUGGUUAUGAUGGAACGAAUUUGUCAUUAAUUAAGCAUAAAUCAAAAAUACAAUUAUAUAAAUCUAGCUUAGAAAAAGCUGGAUCUGAUUGA